CCUAAGCCAAAAAGGAGAGGGGUAUUAUGUUGCUAUAAUCUUCCUUGUUCUCACAGUUCCCACUCACUUUCGCAAAAACGCAUUGUUCUCUCUUUCCGCGGCGUAGAUCUGAGCAGUUUGGGAAACCCUAACUGCUCUCACCACUCUCUUUGCCUUCGUCUUUUUCUCCUCCGAUCAACCAACGUUUCCGUCGUCCAAAGUCAUGGCAGGACUUGCACCCGAGGGAUCACAGUUUGAUACUCGUCAAUAUGAUAGCAAGAUGAAUGAGUUGCUUACAUCUGAUGUACAGGACUUCUUCACAUCUUAUGAUGAGGUUUAUGACAGUUUUGAUGCUAUGGGCUUGCAAGAGAAUCUCCUUAGAGGCAUUUAUGCAUAUGGUUUUGAGAAGCCAUCAGCUAUUCAGCAAAGGGGAAUAGUUCCAUUCUGCAAAGGACUUGAUGUUAUACAACAAGCUCAGUCUGGAACUGGGAAGACAGCAACUUUCUGCUCUGGAAUUCUGCAGCAACUUGACUAUAGUUUGACAGAUUGCCAAGCUUUGGUUUUAGCACCAACUCGGGAGCUUGCUCAGCAGAUUGAAAAGGUUAUGAGGGCACUUGGAGAUUACCUUGGUGUGAAGGUGCAUGCAUGUGUGGGAGGUACCAGUGUUCGUGAAGACCAACGCAUUCUAUCAAGUGGUGUCCAUGUUGUUGUUGGUACUCCUGGUCGAGUAUUUGAUAUGCUGCGCAGGCAGUCACUUCGGCCGGAUCACAUUAAGAUGUUUGUAUUGGAUGAGGCUGAUGAAAUGCUUUCCCGUGGUUUUAAAGAUCAGAUCUAUGAUAUAUUCCAGCUGCUUCCAACUAAGAUUCAAGUGGGAGUUUUCUCUGCUACAAUGCCUCCUGAGGCACUUGAGAUCACAAGGAAGUUUAUGAACAAACCUGUGAGAAUCCUUGUGAAGCGUGAUGAGCUCACCUUGGAGGGUAUCAAGCAGUUUUAUGUCAAUGUUGAUAAAGAGGACUGGAAGCUUGACACACUCUGUGAUCUUUAUGAGACAUUGGCUAUUACUCAGAGUGUCAUUUUUGUGAACACCAGAAGAAAGGUUGAUUGGCUGACUGACAAGAUGCGAAGCCGAGAUCACACAGUCUCAGCAACCCAUGGAGACAUGGAUCAGAAUACCAGGGACAUUAUUAUGCGUGAAUUCCGUUCUGGGUCCUCCCGUGUUUUAAUAACUACUGAUCUUUUGGCUCGUGGUAUUGAUGUCCAGCAAGUGUCUUUGGUUAUAAAUUACGAUCUUCCAACACAGCCUGAGAACUAUCUCCAUCGUAUUGGACGUAGUGGGAGGUUUGGUAGGAAAGGUGUUGCUAUCAACUUUGUCACAAAGGAUGAUGAAAAAAUGCUGUAUGACAUCCAGAAGUUUUACAACGUGGUAAUUGAGGAGCUGCCUUCAAAUGUUGCUGAACUCCUUUGAUGAGAUUUUUUGUUCUAUCAUAUUAGAGGGAAGUUGGUUUCUGAGGUAAGUGUUAUGUAAUGUUUCUUUUCCUUUUUGCCCCUUUUGUUGUAUUUCUGCUCGUAAACCUUGUUUGACUUUUUUAAUAGGUGUAGUAAUUUAAUUUACAGUCAGUUGUCUGAAUGUCCCAAGUGAUAAGUACUUGCAAUGUGGAAUCACAUUAUUGUCCGAAUUGGUGUAUUGGUCGUUGUUGCACCUUUCUAACAAGCAAGGUUUUUGGUAUACGUUUUUGGCUAUUCUAACAUGAGAUAAUUUGAUUAUAUGUAUUCGAA